AUGGCUACUCCCAACCUCCCCCACCUGAACUUCCGCACGUUCGUCUCUGCCCUUGAGUCGAACGGCGACCUCGUCCGCAUCGCCCAGGAGAUCGACCCCGUUCUUGAAGCCGCCGCUAUCACCCGUCGAGUCUAUGAGACUGAUGGCCCUGCUGUGCUCUUUGAGAACAUGAAGGGUGCCAAGAAUGGCUUCUUCCGCAUCCUUGGCGCCCCCAAUGGACUCAACGCCGACCCGAAGACACGUUACGGCCGUAUGGCCCUUCACCUCGGUCUCCCGCAUACAGCCGGUAUGGGGGAGAUUCUGGACAAGAUGACCUCCGCAGCCCAGAAACCUCCCAUCCCCCCCGUUGUCUGUGAGACCGGCGAGUGUAAGGAGAACAUCCUCAAGGGAGAUGAGAUCAAUCUCCUCAAUAUUCCCGCACCACUUAUUCAUAAGGAUGAUGGAGGACGGUACAUCCAGACUUACGGAAUGCACGUCGUCCAGAGCCCCGACGGCAAGUGGACGAACUGGAGCAUUGCGCGCGCCAUGAUCAAAGACGGACGUCACCUGGUCGGACUCGUUAUCAACCCCCAGCACAUUUGGCAGAUCCACCAGAUGUGGAAGAAGGAGGGACGUGACUGCCCCUGGGCACUCUGCUUUGGUGUGCCUCCCGCCGCCAUUAUGGCAGCCAGUAUGCCUAUUCCCGACGGGGUUUCGGAGUCGGGUUACAUCGGUUGCAUGACAGGUCACCCCCUUUCUGUGGUCAAGUGCGAGACCAAUGAUCUCCUUGUCCCCACCACUUCAGAGAUUGUCUUGGAGGGCACGCUGUCCAUCACUGAGGUGGCCUCGGAGGGACCCUUCGGCGAGAUGCACGGCUACGUGUUCCCCGGUGACUCGCACCAGAACCCUGUGUACAAUGUCGACUGCAUCACCCACCGCAACGAUGCCAUUUUGCCCAUGUCGGCUUGUGGUCGCCUGACUGAUGAAACUCACACCAUGAUCGGUGCUCUUGCCGCCGCCGAGAUUGGUCGGAUUUGCCAUGAGGCCGGUCUGCCUGUUAUCGGUGCUUUUUCUCCCUUCCAGUCCACAGUGACCUGGGUCGCAAUCAAGUUCGACACUGCCAAGAUUCGCGAGCAAAAGUGGACCUCUAAGGAGCUCCGCCAGCAUAUUGGCGACCUCGUCUUCAACCACAAGGCCGGAUACACCAUUCACCGGCUUGUGCUUGUGGGCGACGACAUCGACGUGUUUGAAGACAAGGAUAUCAUGUGGGCAUUCAGCACUCGUUGUCGCCCGGGUAUGGACGAGACGUUCUUCGAGGACGUUGCUGGCUUCCCCCUCGUGCCAUACAUGAGCCAUGGAAACGGCAAGCCCAACCGCGGUGGCAAGGUGGUUUCGGAUGCGCUCAUGCCGUCUGAGUACACGACCGGCGCCGACUGGGUUGCCGCCGACUUCAAGAACUCGUACCCGGCCGAGCUCAAGGAGAAGGUACUGGCCAACUGGGUGGCGUACGGAUUUAAGCAGUGA